ACGACGUAUUUCUGCGGCCGCGUCUCUCCCAACCGGAUCUGAAGAAACUGACGCUGCUGAUGGAUUUCUCCGGGAAAUACCAGCUGGAGUCUCACGAGAACUUCGAGGCCUUCAUGAAGGCCGUUGGGCUGCCGGAUGAUGAGAUCGAGAAAGGCAAAGACAUCAAGAGCAUCUCAGAGAUCCAUCAGGACGGAGUGGACUUUAAAGUGACGGUGACGGCCGGAACCAAAGUGGUCCUGUACUCGUUUACUGUGGGAGAAGAGUGUGAGCUGGAGACCUUCACUGGAGAGAAAGCUAAAAGUGUGGUUCACAUGGACGGGAAUAAGCUGACGGUGUGUGUGAAGGGGAUCGAGUCUCUGACAGAGCUGAACGGAGACAUCAUCACUAACAUCCUCACCUUCGACGGCAUCGUCUACAAGCGGCUCAGCAGACGCAUCUCCUGAUCAGACACAGCGCAGACACCAUCAGGGGUUUGUCAGUGAGCACAGCCUCCCUCAUGCUGUGAUAGACCGGCUCAUUCUGCUUGAACAAGCGCAGCUCCAUCUCUGUCUGCGUCCGCAUCGCCUGAACACACACACACACACACAAACACACACCAUCAGGAUCACAUACAACACUCCCUCUCUUACCUGCUUCACAAGAUAGAU